AUGAGGAGUCCAGAGAUUUUGGAAGCAAGUCGGACGACCACUGAUGUCGAGAUCAACAGGGGGAACCAAGUCAUCGGAAAAAUGGACCGCAACUUCAAGCGAUCCAGAAUUGUAUCGGCGCAUCCGUUCAAAUGGUGCGGCGACAAGAUACACAUACAAGAUGGGAUGUGGGGAGCCAACCGCAAAGGGGGUUCAAAUCGCACGUCGACACGAAAACACGCCCAGAACACCCAAGUUAUUGCUGCCCAGUCUCGAUCUGCCUCAUUUGCCAGUCGUGGACCACUCCUCGCCGAUGGGAGCCGCUGCGGCACUUUGGAAAAGUACCUGACUGCUGGCUACCGGGGUCUCCGUGGGGUUGGGGGAGCUGCCUCCCCUCUCGCUGAUUGGACAAGGAUUCUCUCGACGUCAUUAUGGGCGGAGUCUAGGCGCCAAGACACGCUCGGGCUCCCUACAUGGGCAGUUGUAGGCGGCGACAAUUUUGCCAAGAUUCAAGCGCUGGGCGGUUGCAACCUUGUCCGCAGCAAUCGGGUGACAGCCCUCCACAAUGGCCAGCGAAGACGGGUCUGGUACUCGGAUCGCAGGGCAAAAGGAAAGGGCAACAUCACAUCGGACCGAAAGAAGCCAUUUUCUUGUCUUCUCCAGAGAUCUGUCAUCGACACAAAGUCUCGUCAUUCCAUCUCCGCUCUCGCUGGUCCGCUUCCAGCUUCUCUCCUCACCGCCCUUGAUAAACAUCAAACCCCAUGGGACAGGACGCUUGAUCCCGGAUCUGACAGGUUUUCCUUGACAACCCUGGGGCACCAUUAA